AUGUUUGUUGAAAGUAAAAACCUUGAAUUCAGAACUUUUGCUAUACUGUUUUAUAGUGGAAAAAAUUCUCUGAAAGCGUUUACACACUCAUAUGAUGAGAAGAAGGUGCAUAGAAAAUCAGCUUCUUUUUUUGUUUUUGUCCAUUUUUAUCACUUGAUAUGCCGUUUUCGAUUGAUUUUUUCAUUUAGUAAGCUGUCGUUUCCGUACGGCCUUUCAAGUCAGGAAUAUGCUCAGAAAUAUCUAAAAAAUUAUAUUGGAUUAUUAAGUUUUGAUUUUAAGUUUUUUUCAAAAGACCCGAAAUUGACCAAAACACAAAAAAAGGUACGGCGCAUGAUUCGGAGAUUAAAUCAAGAACUUCUUUCUGGAAAUCAGACGGUGGAAAUAUCAGUUAGUUUAAACUUGGGAAAACGGAUUGCAUCAUUUAACUAUGUGGCAAUGGAAUCAGAUUGGUUGGUAUUAGAAUAUUCGAAGGAGAUACUUUGUACCGAAUUGAACAAUAUAAAGGAAAAUACGCUAUCUACAGGAAAUAUACGAACUGGUUACAUCAAUUUCCAAUUAAUAAGAAGAAUAUCAAAUCAUGAUAAAGUGUAUUGUGCAUUGCCACUCUCGUUUACAAACAUGACUGAAACAGAUAUGUCCAUAAUUUACCAACAUCCAACUGUCAAAAGGGGGGAUGAGAUACUCGAAAGUUAG